AUGGAGUCUUCAUCCGGAACGCCCAGUCUGCUCUCCCUCGUGGAAGACAUCAAACAGGCGGCAGUUGAAGAAACCAGCACUGGCCCGUCGUUGCAGUCGCAUUUCCGGCUCCUGAAUCUCAUCGACCAGCUAAGACUAGCGGUUGAGACCCCCACGGAGACGGUUCUGAGGCUGAUCUACCAGCCGCCGCAAAAUGCCGCUCUUCGCCUUGUCAUGGACCUCGGGAUCUUCCAGAUUUUGGUCGACCAUCCAAUGCGUGGCCUGUCAGCCUCAGAGCUAUCGGCAUCUACCAAUGCCGAGAGAGCCUUGAUCGUGCGUUUGAUGCGCGUCAUGACCGCCCUGGGCCUGUGCAGCAGCCCCGAACCAGAGGUAUAUCAGCCUACGAGCAAAACAGCGAUCCUCACACAGCCAAUUGGAAGAGAUGGAAUACGGUGCAUAUAUGACUUGACAAUGCCCACCCUGGCGAAACUCCCCGAGUACUUCCGCGAACACAACUAUGCCACCCCCCAGGAGUACGCACAGUCUCCCAUGUGUUGGGCCGUGGGGCAAAGCCAAUUCGAAUGGCUUGCCGAGCACCGGCACCAGCAGGUUCUGUUCAAUUCAUACAUGUCCAGUCGACGACAGGGGAAACCGAACUGGUUCGAUGUCUACCCGGUCGAGCGACUGGGAGAACCAAGCGCGACCCAGGAGGACGAGGUGCUUGUGGUGGACGUGGGCGGCAAUCAGGGCCACGACCUGAUCCGGUUCCGGGAGAGGUAUCCAGAUCUCAAGGGCAGACUGGUUCUACAAGACCUUCCUGCCGUGGUCGCCGGGUGUUGUUCCAGCGAGAUCAUCGAGCCGAUGGCAUAUAGCUUCCUGGACCCACAACCUAUCAAAGGGGCCCGCACAUACUACUUCCGGGCGAUUUUCCACGACUGGCCAGACCGUGUGUGCCUUCAGAUCCUCCGAAACACCGUGUCCGCAAUGGAUUCAACCCGGUCGCGCAUCCUCAUCGCGGACUUCGUCCUACCGGAUACCAAUGCAGGACUGCUCCAGUCGGCUCUCGACAUCCAAAUGAUGAGUAUCGGGUCCGGAACCGAGAGAUCCAAGCAACAGUGGACCGAGCUUCUCCACGCAGCUGGUCUCGAGAUCCGCGGAAUUUGGAGUGGCAGUCCUGGGAUGGAGUCGGUGAUCGAGGCUGUGCUCCCCAUCCAGACGGAGUCAUGA